AUGAAAGUGUCUCAAGACAAUGCUUAUGAGAUAUUUUCUUGGCUACAAGCAAAGACUAUUUGUAAAUUCAAAUCAUGUUGCAAAUCAUUUUCCAAAUUUUUAGAAGAAAGCGAUUUUAAAACAAAGCAAGCUAAUAAUUUAUUAAAGAAGGAUGACACAUGCUUCUUUAUUCAACCUGGACAAAUAGAGCAAAGGUACAAAAAAAUAGUUGAGUUGCAUACUUUACUUAAAGAAAAACAAUCUUCAGGUAUUCCUAACAAUGUUCUAAAAUUCCUAUCAAAAUCGGCUAGUGUCUUAUCUUCUAGUAAUGGCUUAAUUCUUUGUUGCACCAUAAGUGAUCAACAAGAUCCGAUUGAGUUAUUCAUUUGUAAUCCAAUCACAAAGUCUCGGUCUUUCAUUCCUACACCAAAAUCACUUCAAGGAAACUAUCCUUAUGUUGAUAUUAAUAUCAUGUUAGAUUGUUCUAAUGGUUCCUCAUAUGAUUACAAAAUCUUUCUAUUUGAAAACACAAUAGCAUGGUCACCAACUUGUUAUAUAUGCAAGGUUUACGAUGGAAAAGAAGGCGUGUGGAAAACAAUGGAAAAUAAUUUCUUUUCUGGUGGUCGAAAUAUGAAAUUUGACAUGUCUGUACUUCACAACGGAGUCAUUUAUUUUAUCUCAGAUUGUUCUCCUUACUUUGGUAUAUCGAGCCCUUUUUACAUGCCUUAUAUCAUGUCUUAUAAUUUAGAGAAUGGAAUAUCAACAAUCCUUAGAUUGCCGGAGGAAGCAACAAAAGGUUGUAAUGAGAAUCACGUGUCAUGUGACAUGGGUAUCUUUAAAUGGGGUAAAGUUACAAAUCCAAAUCAAUCCAUUUGUUUGGUGAGAUUGAGAGAAUGUGUUUUCAAUGUAUGGUUUUUAAAAGAUUAUGAAUCGAGUUUAUGGGAAAGUGUCUUAGAAGUAAGAGUGAGAGCACUCGGAUUAAAAGAAAAAGAUCCUAAUGUUAGAGUAUUUAUGGUUAUGAAUGGUGAUCUUUUAAUUUUUGCUACAAAAAAUAAGGUUUAUAGUUGUGGUUUGAGUAAUGAAAGAUUAAUGGUGGUAGAAGAAAUAUGUGAGCAUAGUUGUGGAUAUAGUCCACGCUUAAUUUCUUACUCAAAUACUCUUCGGUUGUGUGGGACUAAUGCUGCAGCAUUGCCUUGUUAG